CCAUGGAAAAAUUGUUUUAUUCCCCGAAUUCGCAAAAAUAGAUAAUUUGGUGCGAAAAAAUGUAGAAAUUUAGCGGACGCCAUCUUUGAAAGUGCAAAAUUUGCCUGCGAAGCUGUGCGAAUUUUAUAUACAAUAGUACAAAAAAAGAAACCUUAAGUAGUGUUUUUGCGCUUUAGAACUUUUGAGCUUCUAGCCUUGCAUCUAGCACAACCACACUCAGCUCUAAUAUUUAUGGUUUUUCUCUAAAAUUUAAUGACGGGCAGUUUUCGGGUCCAACUCAUCAAUAUGGGCACCAGGGCGGCUGCCUAUCAAGCCAAACUUCGAAGUCUCUACGAUUACCAUCUGAGGCUUCUGCACAACAUUAUUCCACUCCCAUCCGGAGUGGACAUUGCCAAUACCAUCAAAUAUUUCUCCCAGACACUCCUCACACUGCUGAAGGAUGUCCCAAGCUCCCCGUACCAGAUGAUUAAGGACCCCUCGCAGGAUCAAGCGCGCAUGUCCGCCUACCCCAAUCUGGAGUACGGUAAUCUGUACAAUGCCCUCAACAUGCUAAUCGAUGUGGCGGCAAACAUUCAGUACGGCCACGUGAUGUUCGGCAAAGCGGUGCUUCAGUGUUUAGGCUGUAUUCUGCCCUUCCUGGAUCGAGAUCUCAUCGAUAACCUUCCCUACUUGACGGCAUCGUGCAUUUCCGUCUUACCGCCAUCCCUUCAUCAGGAUGUCAUCAACUCACUCUGCUUCUACAUCCUACCAUUCACUAUUACUCGUCAGAGCGUUGAAGAUCAGGAGUGUCAGGCAUGCCAAUCAGUCUCAGCUGUAAUCAUGCUGGUGUUCCAGUACUCUUCAAAUCCAGCACAUCAUUGUCAGCUCUUAGAGUGCUUGAUGACGCUCAAGCAUAACGUUGUCAAGGACCUUCUCUGUGUUAUUGCAUACGGAACAGCAGCCUCCAGAUCUUCUGCUGCUAAACUGCUCUUUUACUAUUGGCCUGCAUUUAAUACUAAUCUCUUUGAUCGACGUGGACUGCUCUGCAAGUUUACAAAUGACUUGGUUCCAUUUGUUUGUCAACGAGAAUCCUGCCCGAAUGCAGGAAAUGCUGAAGCCGUGAAAGUUUGCUACAACCACAGCAUAAGUAUAAUUUAUGCUCCUGAAACUCCACCACCGCUCUAUCUCUGCAUUGAAUGUGCCAAUGAUAUUCAUCGAGAGCAUCCUGAUCAAAUUUUCUCCGACAUCCUUCACUCAAUGCAACAGGUGUCAAUGGUGUGUGAGAAUAAGAACUGCAGAUCAACGGAUAAGUCAGCUGUGUCAAUUUGCUUCUCAACUGAAUGUGCAAGCUACAACGGCAACCACCCGAUAAGGUAUUGCCUUCAGUGUCACGGAAAUCGCCACAACAGCAGACGCGGAGGAGAUCACAUUGUUCAUCGAAGUCUCCCUCCGGCAUGGCAGAUGGAUGCUGAAAUGCAGACUUACAUGGUGGAGGCUGUUGUGAGCUUGCUGAGGGAAGCAAAACCGCAGAAUUUUGAACCUGGAAAAGAUUCAACGGUCGAUUCGACAAAACCUUCCGUGUCAAAUGCUCCGCAGGACAAUAUAAGUCUUGAGGAGAGACAGCAGCUUGGUCGCUACGGUAUUUGGUUGCUUGUGGGCAGAUGUACUCCAACGCAAGAUACUCCUGUUGAGAUUCUAGGACGUUUGCUCUCAAUGCUCUUUCAUUGGUUCCACGUAACGGCCUACUCGUAUGAAGGACAGCUGGAGAGUCCUCUUGAGAAGCUGAAAAUGGAUCAUGUUUGUGGAUGGUUGAGGGAUAUCUGCAAGAGUCACUACAAGGACUUUAUUGCUUGUCUCCUGCCGCAUCCACCGGAGUAUUCAAGGGUUGGAGGGCAUUGGGAUACCCUUGCAUCCCGGACAUCCCAUCUCAAGGAAGGUCUUCAGCGAUUAAUCUGUCUAGUCCCGUAUGAAGUCAUCUCAUCGGAGAUUUGGGACUUUGUCAUGCCCCACUGGAUGGAAGCCAUAACAAAUGAUGUGCCCGAGAAGGAACUCUCAGAAUUGAAGAUUGUUCUGAGCAAAAUUCUAGAUCCAGAAAUGUCUCCACUGGGAUUUGAUGCAAAAACAAUGUACAAUUUUGUUGCAAUUCGCUUUGAGAAAACUACGUCGAAGGUUCAACAGCAAGCCCUCCAUUGGCUGCAGAUUCUCACAAAGCUAGAAAUCCUGAUUCCCCUUUCGCAGCUCUUUGCGAUGUUUGGCGAUGGAGUAAGGAUUAUGAAGCUGGGUGCGCACCAUGAGAUGAAGGAGAAGGACAGGAAGGAUGGAAAAGCGUCUGAGAAGAAGGAUCAACCACCGAGGAGGUCUUCAAUCUCACCAGUUGUGGAAGAUGAUUCAGAUGGGAAUACUUCGGCUAUAUCAGAUGAUGAAGCACCUCAUACGAAGAAUACGGAAUUUGCAACGGAUUCUGAGAAUAAUCUCACAUGUUGCAUCCUUAUGCUGGAUAUCCUGCUGAAGCAGAUGGAACUGCAGGAUGUGGAGCAGCACAUGGGGAUUCAUACGAGUGUCUGUGAGAAUGUUUGCAGGUUACUAAAGUGCAUGGUUACAGCAGCUAAAGUUGGAAUGGGUAGUCAUACGUGUGGACUAAAGGUAGCAGAUUGUGGCUACUGUGAAGCAUCAGUUAUGUGGCAUCAACUAUCAACGAAACUUGUGCAAUUUAUGGCUCCUAUGAAUCCUACUCGGCCACCAGAUCCUCCAAUUGAGGAAAUCUUCGACGAUGAGAGAUCCGUUCGGAAGAGUCCACCGGAGACGGAGAAGGAACCAAAAGGACGUGAUCGGGACAUUUCGCUGUCAAUGGCACCUCUACCAAUACCCCUUGGACCUUUAGGUGGUUUUUCAGAUGAUCCUGGCAAGUUAGUUAUUAUGGCAGGUCCAGUCCCAGUUGUCCUGCCACAGCCGCCGGAGCCACAUUCCAUCGGAGGGGUGCUCGUCUCCAUGCCCAACGUGUGCUCUGGACGUGAACAAGACAUUGCGCGCUUUAUUCAUGCCACAGACGAGCCAUUGUUUCAGAUAAUGACUGCCACGGUGGAGACUGUGUCGGAGCAACUGGAUCUUGCUCCUAUUAUGCCCUCCGAGAAGGUGGUCACGGCUGUGGCGAGAUCAGUUACCCUUUCAGAUGCAGACGUAGCUACUGCAACUGUCCAGGUUGCAAAGCCAAAGUUAGUAGGUCCAGGGAGUGAAGGCGAUCGAAGCGGUGAAGGUGAGGAUGCAGGAGAUGAGCUUGAAGACGGGGAGGACUUCUGGCACACUUCUGUUGGGAAAUUUAAAUUUGCUCUGGAUUCCCUACCACAGCAGUUGCAGUAUAUUCAUCAACUGCUAAAGGAGUUACCAAACAUCGAGAAGCCCGACAUUCUGUACAACAUGCUACAGUGCUUGAACAUUCUAGCUCUUCAUGGAGAUGCUCUGUCAAAAGCAGCUCGUGAUCAACGGGGAUUCUUCAUCUGGUGUCAGGAGAAUUUAAUAAUAAAAAACCUCUGGGAUUUGUGCAAUGCCGAACAUUCACACAUUUGUGAAUCAGGAGUACCACUCCUGCUUCACUGCAUCACCCUUCCACAUGGAUCUGAUGUAUUUUGGCGUAUUGUUCAGGAGGCUUUUCACGAUUCAGACUGGCGAGUUCGUUUCACAGCAGUUGAGCGUGUAACCGUCAUUACGCGCUUCAUGGACUCAACGCCGUUGCGUUCAGAAGUUGGUUUGCAGACUGCUCUUGCAACGGCUUUCUGCCACCUUAUUGCAAGCAUGGAUGACAUUAAUGUGCACGUUGCACAGCGAGCAACUCUCUAUUUGGGAACAAUUCACGAUAAUGCCGUCAAAUCUCUGCUUUUCUGCUUGGAAUCGCAAUUCGAUCUUUUCAUUGUAGAUCGCCCUGUUGUCCUACAGAGUGUCUACCAGCUGCAUAAUUCUCUAUCAGAUCGGAAUGUUCUUGCGUGGGAUUUCUUCCUCAAUCGCUUUGAUACACUCUUCGUGGAGGCACAAAUUAAUUUGGAAAAGAACGGAGAUAUAUCCUACUUACGCGAUUUAAGGAAUUCGGAGAACGGCAGCGAGAUCCUGUCGUCGAAGAUCAGCAAAGCACGCGAAGCACUCAGUCAGUCGGAUGGAACAGGGAGUAUGGCAAAGACACUGAGUGCUUCAUUCGGGCCCAAGUGGCCGUACAAGCGCACCAUGUCAGCCCCUGCGAGCAUCAUACCGCGGCAGGACUCGAAAAUGGAGAAGGAGAAGGUGUACAACCGCCAAAUCUCGGCGCCAAUCCUCAAGCGGAAGAGCUCACGCUUCGGACUGGAUGGGCAUUUCCAUUCAUUCGGUGGGGGUGGUGAGGACUCCCUCUCGGGAUGCCUCCAGCGCAUUAUUGAUCUCGAGGAGCAGGAUAAGGAGACAAUCCAUCUGCUUGUCUUCCUGCUCAUGCAAUUUAUGUCGCGUCCCGAUCAGGCCUUCCCAUCCGAUGAGAAGCCCAUGGCGAAGGCUCAAUCAAUUGUCCUGCGUCACCUCUACCUCCUUCUUGGCUUUAGUCAGCAGGAAAAGAACUUCCACCUCUCCCCCACACGCCUACGAUCCUCAACGGUUUUCAAUGUUUUCCUGGCCAAUUUGCCACAGGUGCUGGAUCAGAAUCACCUCAUGGGCUGGUCAAUCCUCCCAACAGCCCUCACGGUGCUCCUGUAUGCACCGAAUCCAAUGAAUGGUGGUGCACCCCCAACAGCUGAUGCCCUCGCCAAUCUCUCCUAUACCUACUCUCUGUGGUACCUUGAACCGCAUCAGCGGAGGAAUUGGCUUAUGGCAGUGAUUGUGGUGCUCUACAAGUACCAAUACGCUCAGCCACCAUUCUGCACGCAGAUCAACAAUGUUAUCCGCAUUGUCCUCAAUUGCUUGGAAGCACAAUUUCAUCAAUGCAAAAGGAUUCCCGCCACAGUCAUCAUGGAUCCCGUGCCAUCGAGAUCUCGAGAUGUGAGCCAACCAUCUUUGGGCACAGAACCCGGUGAUGAUAAGAUUCAGGAAACUCCUCCGGCAUCUCCCAUCUUGGCACCAGCUGAAAGCUCAAGUUCAGCCCCUCGUGCCAAGACAACGCCCAAAGCAACAUUCCGGAAGUAUCAUGAUUCAAGCCUCGAAGCAGAUGACACCGAAUCUGAACUUGUGGCAAUUCCUGAGAGUGAUUUAUCCGACAGUACUCUCCAUGGAAGCAGCGCUCCUGGAUCCUUUGAUGAUCCGCUGCAUUUUGAGGAGAUCUGUGCCCCGUUAAAGCCUGAAAUCCUGCGGAAUAAGGCUACAGCACAUGUGACAACGGCUAAUCUGGCCACAGCUCACGUGGCAAUGUCAACACUCACUCCUGGAGAUCGUGUUGAUGAGAAGACGGAGAUUACAACGUCCCGGAAGACUCAGAGGACAAUCUUUACGUCUGGAACGAAGAUCAAUGAGCCAGUUGUGCAUAAGACAACAACACUGGAGUCAACGACGGUUGCAACGACAAAAUCAUCCGUUUGCACUGUUCAGGAUGGCGUGAAGUUGCUCGUAGCUGCAGGUCAGGCCAAGGAGAGAGCCAUCCUCAAUCCUCCAGUCUCCGUACAGAGAGCCGUUGUUGUUACCCAGAGUACAGCGAGUAUUAAGGAUACGCAGAGGAUGCAAUCAAAUGGUUCAGAAUCUGAUGGGAAGAAGGUGAAGAAUGGAGGGUCAAGUAACUGGACAGAACAGCCUGCACCUUCACCCACUCCGAGAACUCUGGGCAGGCAGAAGAGGGUUGUUGAACCGAGUAUUACCCCUGCAAGUACACCAACAUCCAAUGCUGGACUCCCAUCACCAUCUGGAGAGGAUUCCAAGGGCAACAACUCCAAGGCGAUCAACAAGCGUGGCUUCAAAGUUGUCGAUAAGCCCGAAAGCUUCGGGUCACCGGAUUCUCCGCUCUCAAAGAUGAGUAUCAUGACGCAACCAUCGCAGGACAGCAGUGAUAGUCUCCUAUCUCCAAAGAGUAUUCAGCAGUUGGAGAUUCCAACUCCAGAGCGGCUUCUUCCGAUCGGCCAACACGGGAAGGAUGGCAUUGCUCUACUAGCUGAACGGGUCAGAGAAGCCCUGACGAUCCCCGAAGUUUGUCACAUCAAACAGGAUAGUUUAGAAAAAUCAGACGGUGAACUGAAAGGCUCAAGUCGUGGAAGUUCUCCGAGGCGUCUCAUUAAGCAGGUGGCUCUGGUGGAAUCUCCCCCGAAUGACCUGCAUCAGAGUAUUCUCCGUGCAGUAGCCCAUGAUCCAAAGGACAGAUUUGGUGGUGCCAGAACACCUGAAGUGAUCAGAGCUCAGCGACAACGGGCUAGAAAAGCUCUCCCGGAAUCCUCUUCACUCGAUCGAACAACAUCAAAGUAUGCCGGUUCGUGGCAGCCACUAAACUUCAGGCAGGAAGAUUCCGAACCUGAAGAGGACAGUCAUCACUCUCAUCAAUCUCAGACGUCGGAGAGUCGAAGGAGUUCUUACCGUGUUGGCGAUGAUUGCGUCUGCGGCAGAUGUGGGGAAUGUGGAGCAGUCCUCGAGGAGUACAGUGAUGAAGAAAUUGGGAUUCUCAUCAUAAUCUUGGGAACCUUUAUACACAGAGAGCCAACAUUGGCAGCACCUUUCCUUCCUGAAAUUCUUCUUGUUGUCUCCAAAUUCGCCAUGCAGUUCACCUUCCCUUGGCAAUGUGAGAGUACAACGCAUCUGCCUGGUGGAUCCCAAUCCGUUGCGCAUCAGUUCAUCCGAUGUGUUCUGCAUCAACUAGCGCCCAAUGGAGUCUUCAUUCAGAUGUUCUUGACUCAGGCCAAUGAAACCCACCGAAGGAAAUUCUUCAAGAGCGUUGCACAGGCUCUGAUGGACUUCAAUGAACUCAAUCCAACAAGCCCAAUUCAUCUUCUCGUUGAGAGUCUCAAUUCCAAGAAGACUCUCCCAUUGGACACCCUCCCUGUAACCCUGCGCAACAUGUCGGAGUAUCUUCAGUGCGUCCCAUCGGAUCUGGGGCCUGGGGCAUGGUCUACAACUGUUCAGGGCAUUGAAGCCCUCUUUAGGCGUUUAAUUCUCAUUCUGCACAGUUUGGAGGAACCAGACAGUCUGCUCGACAUCAUGGUGUCCCUGCUGAAGAUUCAAGGAGUCACAAAGGCCGUACUUGAUCCAUUCUCAAAAGUUCUCAGCUUUGCUAUUCAGAACUUAACGCUGAAGCACAAAGUUCUGCAGGAUCUGUGCCUGUUCAGUAGCAGGGCGUUCUCCAAGGAGCGCGAUAAGCUGCAGCUUUGUCGUCAGAUUAUUUUUGAAUUGGUCCAGGCACUGAAGUUCAAGACAAACAUCCCUGAUGCGAAUCUCUUGCUCCUUGUUGGCUUUGUCCUGCAGGAUGCUGGUGGUGCUAUGCCUCAAGGUGUUGUAGCUGGACUACCUGAUCAUCCGCCGAUCUAUACAAAUAACGCCGGAGAGUGCAUGAGGCAGUACUUGAAUGAUGUCUUGGACUUCCUGGCUGACUUCCAUACGCUGAGUAAGAUUAAGAACUUCAAAAGUGGGGCUGUGGCUGCAGGAUUGAGUGAGGAUACUCUGGGGGGUGUGUUGAAGGGAGCUGUUGCGCAGUAUUUAGCCCUGGAGAUGUCUCGUGGGAAUUCAAGGGAUAACAAAGCCGUUGCGCGAUACCUUCCGUGGCUCUACAAUGCUCCGUCAUCGCUGCAACAGGGUCCGAAGGAGUUUACGGAGUGCGUGGGGCACAUGCGGCUGCUUUCGUGGCUCCUUAUGGGCUCACUCAUGCACACAGCUCUGAUGGCACAGCGGAGUGGUCCUAUUGGGCAGCAUGGUGCAUCGGUGCACUACCAUCUGCAGCAUCCAGCGCACACUGUUACGCAGCCGGUGCCACAGGAAGCCAGCUGCCACAUUGCUGAUCACAUUCAGGUCAUCUUUGCGGGUUUUGCUGAGCAAUCAAAGACUUCUGUCCUUCACAUGUCCUCCCUCUUCCACGCCUUCACUCUCUGCCAACUGUGGACGGUCUACUUGGAGCAGGCUUCAUGCUCAGCAGCUCCAUCAUCUGAGCCACACAACGUCACCAUGUCCAUUCUCCUGGAGUUCUGGACAAAGGUCACUCCGUGUAUUCUCCAGCUCAUCACCCACUCCAAAGUUCUGUCGGAAAUGGUCAAUUUGCACUUCCUGAGCCUCCUGGAGGCUCUCAAGGAGACAAAAUCAACAAUUUUGGGUAAACUUCUGCCUCUCUGGAGCCCUGUACUGUCAUCCAAUACCCAGCUAUCGGGGACACUCCAUGUUCGUCUCCAGAGCUGCAGAGAUCUUAGUCCUAGCCCUGAAGAGCAGGAGCUGCAUUCUUCUGAUGCUCUCCUCAAAUGGCUCCAACGGCUACAAUUCAAAAUGGGUCAGAUUGAACUACAAUCCUCCACAGCAACGCAAUUUUAUUCCAUCUAAAGGAACUUCCGGGAGAAUUCAACGUAGGAAAAAGAAACUUCCGGAAAUAAUUUGUUCAAUUGAGAGUUUAUUGAGAAAAGAAAAAGAGAAUUUGUUGUCUAAAUAAAUAAAUGGAAUUUAGUGGGAAAAA